AUGGCGGCAAUGAGAGGACCGCGCCUGCAAGUCGGCUCUGCAGCAUGGAUUGCUGAGGAGCGGAAAGCAGCUUUGCAAAUCACUCAGUCCGAGGUUGAGGAGUUCUCUUAUUCUGCUCGAAAUGAACUCGACUGGCUCAACGAGCAUAUGGCGGGCAUUUUCAAUGAAAAUGAAACCAACUUUGCAGAGACCUUCAAAACACCCGCAAAACUUCGGGGCAAGACUCCAAGAACGGCGAGAAAAGCGAACCCUAUAGAGACCCGAGUGCCUCUGUCCGAGGUGUUUUCUGCAACUCCAAAUGGAGCUUCAAACCCGGUGAAUUGCCUUCAAUCCACCAGGAUAACUGGCCACAUGGCAAGAGGCUCCCCAAAUCCCAUGAGACAGUCGCCCGCUCGCGUUGCAGUCUUUUCACCUAAGCCUGCAACCCAAGGGACGCAGGAUUCUGGGUACUUUGGCAGCCAAGACGUUGCUCCUGUGAAUAUCCACAUGGACUCAGACUUUGAGUAUGAAAGAGAUUCACCGCAACGAGGUGCUAUACAAACCACUACAAUUCCCCUAAAGAACAUCCCAACUCGCACUGCCCCUCAAGGCUCGCCUGAAAAAUCAUUCGAGACAGCUAAAGAGGACCAAACGACCCAAACAUCGGCAGAUGCCUCGAAAAAAAUCAACGUGGAUGCGCAGUUUGAUCUUGGACAUGAAUCAGCAUAUGAGGAUGACGUCUCGCCGGAACGGCAGUUAAGCUUAGAAGCAAAGCAGAGUGCGCGAUAUCCUGAUGAUGCCCAAUCGGCAUCAGAUGCCUCCAGCCCAAUUCGACCUGUGGUUCGCAAGAGCAGCUUGAAUUUCGCGUCUCUGCCAGCUCGGGAACCUCUCACGGCUGGUAAGAGCAACGGUGCGCGAGUCUCCCGAACCAGCCAUCUCGACCACAUUAGGACCAGCUAUUAUAAUAGGCCCACAGGAGGCAAGAGCCUUGGAGGAAACUUGGCGAAACCGGAUCGGGAUGAAGAUGAAGAGGACGAAGUGGAUGUGGACGAGAAUCUGCCCUCAAACUCUGCCGCAACGAACGAUACUAAGACAUAUACGCAGCGGCUCCAAGAUCAAAUUAAUAUGCUUGGCCAAUCCCAAGCGAAGAGCUCCCAAGCAAUGCCACAAAGCAAAACACCUGCUCCUAAAUCUGUGUCUCCGAUCCCCCUGAAUACGCUUCAAUCGACGCCGGGAGCUUUCCCCGAAGAUGACGAUGACGACUGGAUUGAGCCGCCUGCAACAGUCGCCGCCACAGCUGAGGAACGGCCGAGUCUACCAAAGAGCCACUCGGCAGAUGUUAUGGAAGGAAUACAGGGCAAAAAUACUAUUGGCCAGACAGAUUUUGUCAUGUCCGAUGAUGACGGUGCUGAUGCUGAGAAUAAAAUUGCCGACCUACGAAAAGGGGAUGUUGGCAAGCCAACAUAUGGGCAUGGCAAAUCUGUCUCUGUUCCGAGCAUUCCAAACAUGCGCUCAGCAAUGGAAGACCCUCAUCCUCUCAAGAAGGUCGUUUCUGUUUCCAAUCCCAGCCUCAUGACCGUGGCCGAAGCCGGAAUUUUGGACACUCCGUCAAAAUCACCCUCUAGGGCCUUUCGAGAGAGCCCAUUGAAACAGGUCAAGAAUAAACUUUCGUCUAUUCUUAAGAGCUCAAGAGGUCUGUUGGCUAGUAGUGCAGCCAUUAGUGCUGAGGGGAAAUCGUUGAUGUCACCCUCUUCAACCCGUCUUGGCCUGCAUUCUGUUAUGUCUUCAGAGUCGGUCAUUUCACUGCAAAGGACUGGCUCUCAAGGAUCCCAAAGCAUACCUGCCAGCCCGAUAAGGCCAACCCGUCGUACGCGGGCUUCUGUUGAAAAAGAGAGAGAGGAGAAGAGGCGCGACAAAGAAGCCAAACGAUUGGAGGAGCAAAACGAGAAGCUCGAAAAAGCAAGACAGAAGGAGCGUGAGAAGGCCCGAGUUUUCAGUAAAGAGCAAGAGAAAAUUGCCGCCAUGGAGAGACAAAUUGCGUCCAAGAAGGAGGACGAACGGACGGCAGUCAGGGAAACCCCCAAGCCGACGAGAACAGGCCUUCGUAAUGGAAAGGAUUCCCCGGAGGAAACAACUUCUGUAGACAAAGAUGUCGACAUGGAGGAUGUUUCCCUGAUGCCGCCACCCUCCGCCCCUCGCUCUACUGGUCCUGCUCAUGCUACACGUAACAGGGAGGUUAAACGGCCGUUCACAAGGGAAACCCAAACCCGACCAAAGCAAGCUCCCACUGUCAUACGAGUAAAUACAGGAUCGCAACAUUCGCAGUAUAGAUUGUCUACUGCACAGCCGGACGCGCCGAGUCACGGUGCUGCUCAAACUCAACAUCAACUCGCAUCCAAAGCUAGCAAGGCAUCACUGCAACCAAAAGCGUCAACUCAGAGCUUGAGAGGCGCAGCCGCUGCCAGCCGAGCCAAGGCUCAAGAAUUAGCUGCUAAGAAGAAAGAGCAGGAAGAGAAAGAGGCUCAGAAGAGGCGAGAUGCUAAGGCAGAGAUGGAACGAAAACGAGCAGCAGCUCAAGAGGAGCAACGGAAGCAGGAACAGCUGAAACGCCAGGAGGCUGAACGUCAACGAAAACAGCAACAACAACAAGAACAGGCCUCGCAGCAAUCCCAGUCUCAAGCUAAAAGUCAUGCUCAGAGAAAAGCCGCAAUAGAAAAGGCGAAGCAGACUAGAGCGCCGCCCCCAGCCGUACGCUCUCAGCCUAACGGCCCACCAGACUUCUCAAUGACCAAGGAUAGCCACUCAUCACGCCCUCCAUCUCGGCUCACAUCCAAUGCCCACUGGAACCAGGACGAGCCUGGUCGACCUGUUAAUGCCGUUUUGUCGACUGCCAGCAAAGCUGGCUCAAAGCGAACUCUCGCCCAAGAGAAGGGAGAAGAUAGCCAAGCGAAACCACCUCAAUCUCGCGGAGGAUACGCGUAUCAGGCCAACGAUGCCAAGCGACGUCGAACUAGUGAGGCUUUCCAUGGUGAAAUUGAUACAUCUAGUCAAAAGAACAUCAAGGGCCCUCCGGUUCGACCAUCGGCUGGAUUCAAGAAGGAACUACCGUCCAAGUCUGUUUUCCAGACUGGCUACGCAAAUGCCUCACAAGGUGCAACGCGCGACCUUUUCAAGGCCACUGUAUCGGCGCAGCAUGCUAGCCAGACGAAGGCGUCUCACCCUCUGGAAAUGGCUCAGAUAUCGAAGGGUGCCAUUCCAUUCGCACCCAACCCGAACGCAGCAGGACCAGCUCACAAGACCCCUGCGAGACCUGGUCCGUCUAAUGCUGCUAAAGCGGCUGCAAAAUCCGUGCCCAGAUCCUCGCCACGUUUCCAGAAUGGAGAAACCGUAGAGCUUCCCGAAAUCCAGACGGAUGACGAUAGCGAGGAUGACGAGGCCAACGGCGUUGUUGUGGCGCCAUGGGCAGAUUCGCCAUAUCUAAGAGAAAAGCUCUUUUGGCAGGAAACUAUGGAUCCUUCGCAGAUUUUUGGACCACCGCAACCACUCAACAUGGAGGAGGUGUUUAACAAGAAUAAGGAAAGGUGGUCCAAGUUCCGACCCAGAAGCUCUAGUGCGAACUGGAGCGGAGCAGAUCGAUUAACAGAGGACGAUAUCAGGAAAGACUUGGCUGCUCGAGACAAACUCAGACGGGAUGGCGGUUGGUCUUAUGAAAUGAGCAGAGAUGUGCUUUAA